CAGUGUCAUUCUCCUUAGACGCUUUGCCUACCACAAUCUAGAGUUGAAGAUGCACACAUUCUUAUACUUUAGUGGUGGAUAUUUUCUUACAGCUCAAAAUCUGUCACAUAGAAACACUUUUUGGUGGAAGAGGCAAAAGGAUUAUAUCUAUUCAUGUAGUUGACAGACCUGCUUUCAAAGAUUCCCUGUACUUUACAGGUGCAUCCAACAGGCCUAUUAUUGUUUUUAUUCUAGUUCUUGGAAUAAAUCAUGCAGCUUGUUCUCCCUUUCUCUGUAGAUGCCGACAUACAGUAGGUAUAUUCACUUAAGACCAAGUAAUUUCCCCACGUAUGAGCAAAACCUUCAUUUCAUUAAACAGCCAACUAGGACAAAACGGCCUGCCAGAUCACUUGCCAGAGAAGGCGUUUAAGAUUGUUUUUUUUUUUUUACAUCUUGGAUACAGCUUGGUAUCCAAGGCAAUCUGGCUCAUUACUGUCAGUGGUUUCAGAUAAACGAAUAGGUGCAGCUGUGGAUUCAACAGGCUACUACAACUGUUGGCUAAGUAGGCUCGAAUUGAUCUGGUAGCCACUAUUUUCCAUUAUUUUUAUGCAUUUGUUAAUCGCUUGCCCCAAGGAUGUAUAGGCUACCUCAUAUAAUGUGUGCGUCUGGUUCACCGUUAUAAUUCCAACGACAGAAUAAAUACAAGACAGGACUAAAACAGUAUACAGACUUGGUCGUCAUAAUGUCUAUAAAAUUAAGGCGUGGCAUUACAAAAUCGUUGGAGAGCUCAACAGCGGGUUAAGAAACUCAUCUGACACCAGGCCAGCUGGUAUUUCCAAUGGUCUAACUGGCUUUUGUGUCGCUUCCAUGUCUUCCUUAGCAGCCACUAUUGUUUGAUUUGAAGGGACAGUGCACCAGCCAGCGUACAGAUUCACUCAAUGGACUCGCUUAUUCAUUCGACAGUUGGCUAAACUAUAAGCUUUGGCAGCGACACAAACAUUUGAAACGCCCAUAUCGGCUGAAACAUAUUAAGACUACGCAGAAACGAAUAGUGAUUCAUGUGCAGACACAUUUGACUAAAGGGCCGUAGACAAGCUGGAUCGAAAAGGAUGGGAUAUGUAAGGGGAAUCCUCAAGAGACUGACCCUCCUCAUUUGCGUCUUCAUGAUUCAAGCAGACGGCAGGAGACUUAAGCAACCCCGAUGUCCAGCUUUCUGUACUUGCACCAAAGAUAACGCACUAUGCGAAGGAGCUACGAUUCCUCGCAGCUUCCCCCCAGAUGUCAUCUCACUAUCAUUUAUGAAGGCGGCAUUCAGUGAAAUCCCCAAGGAGAGUUUCAUCCACACUCCGGCUCUUCAUCUCCUCCUCUUCACAACUAAUUCACUUGACACUAUACACGAGGAUGCGUUCAUUGGACUUCCACACCUGGAGUAUCUAUUCAUUGAAAACAACCAGAUCAAAUCCAUAUCACCACAUGCUUUCAGAGGAUUGAAAACCCUCAUUUAUUUGAGCCUGGCCUACAAUAAUCUUCGGUCAUUGCCAAAAAAUCUUUUCAAUGGUAUGGGGGCCCUAACAAAAGUAGAUCUUCGUGGGAAUCAGCUCAACUGUGACUGUGACCUCAAGUGGCUUGUAGACUGGAUGUACUAUAGUAAUGCCACAGUGGAUCCGACCUCCUGUAGUAGUCCAGUCCUUCUCCAGGGGAAAAUGGUCACUGACCUUGUGCCACAGUCGUUUGACUGCAUUACAGCAGAGUUUGCAUUUUACCAAACCCUUAAAUUCCAGUCCAUCUCAGUGGAGGCAUUCACAUUUGGCAAUGACCAGUAUGUGGUUUUUGCUCAACCUUUUACUGGACAGUGCAGCUUCCUGGAAUGGGAUCAUGUUGAAAUGGUGUUCAGAAACUUUGAUGUCAUAGACAGUAUCUCCACUGUGAUUUGCAAACCAUUGGUUAUUGAUAACCAGCUGUUCAUCAUUGUGGCCCAGCUGUUUGGUGGCUCCCACAUCUACAAACGGGAUAUCUCUGCUAGCAAGUUCAUCAGGAUCCAGGAUAUUGACAUCCUCAAGAUAAGGAAACCAAAUGAUGUGGAGACCUUCCAAGUAGACGGCGAAUUCUUCUUUGUCAUUGCAGACAGCUCCAAAGCUGGCUCCACCACAGUCUACAAGUGGAACGGCAACGGCUUUUACCCUCACCAGGCGUUACACCCGUGGUACCGUGACACAGAUGUGGAGUAUCUGGACAUCUCUGGCAAACCCCACCUGAUCCUCUCCAGCAGCAGCCAAAGGCCUGUGGUAUACCAGUGGAGUAAGGGCACCAAGAUGUUUGAGCGCAGGACAGACAUUCCUGACAUGGAGGACGUUUACUCCAUUAAGCACUUCAAAGUGAAAGGUGAGCUGUACAUCUGUCUCACACACUUUAUUGGCGACUCUAAGGUGAUGCAGUGGGACGGCUCCAUGUUCGGUGAACUACAGACAAUGCCGUCUCGUGGCUCUAUGGUCUUCCAGCCAUUCACUGUAGGCAAGUGGCAAUAUGCCAUCCUGGGCAAUGACUACUCAUUCACACAGGUGUAUCGGUGGGACACAAAACAAGGACGAUUUGAUCCCUUCCAGGAGCUAAACAUUCAAGCACCCAGAGCCUUUUCCCCAGUGUCCAUUGACAACCGAGGGUUCUUACUGGCAUCCAGUUUCAAAGGAAACGCAAAGAUUUAUGAACAUCUUAUCAUCGACUUAAGCAAUUGAUGCUUGCCUAUAUAGAUUAUGCAGUGAUGCUGAUGGUGUUUGAAAUUCAGAUGUACUAUGUCAAAUUAAGGAUGUCAAUUUAUGUGCAUGAAUUAUGUGAGCCUUUACUGACAGAUAUUUGUAGUGUGCUGUGAUUGGUAUCAUCAUCUAGCAUUUUUGUAAAUCAGCACUCUUUCUUAUCAAUUUUUACCACUCAACUAGUUUCAGAAGUGCUUGAUUUAGGGGAGAUGAACAAACAUUUACUUUUUAAAUCUAGAGGAACUAGAUCUGCCAAAUUAAAUGUUUACAAUUUU